GGUCGGUGUAAAUUUGCAUCGAUAAAAUUCUCGGUGAUGAUAGGAUUAGAAUAACUGAUUCACGUGGGUCUGAUUUUUGGUAAAUUACUGAGCCGUGGUUCAUAAUAGCGUACUUUACGUCUGAGCGUGGGUGGUGGUCAAAGGAAACCAACGAACCAAAGAAGAUUUGUAAUAAAAAUGACAAGUGCAUUUGCAACGCUUGGUGUAAUCUGCUGUUUCGCCAUCGCAGUGCAAGGAAACUCCUCGAAUGACGUCGACCCGCUAGUGAAAAUAAAAAACGGCACACUCGUGGGUGUCCUGAUGAAAACGAGAAAAGGGCGAGAAUACGCUGGAUUCAGGGGAAUCCCUUACGCCCUUCCGCCUAUCGGAGAACUUAGAUUCCAGCCUCCAAGGCCAACAGCCAGUUGGGACGGCGUUCGGUCAGCCAAAGAAGAUGCGGAAAUCUGUGUACAGCGAAACAUCUACGUUCAUCAGGAAGAGAUUGUCGGGAACGAGGACUGCCUGUAUUUGAAUGUCUAUACUCCGAAAUUACCGACUUCUGGUCCGGGUAAUCUCGAUAAUCCGCAUCCAGCUCUACCGGUUCUUGUCUGGUUCCACGGGGGCGGCUGGAUCGCGGGAGCUGGUCACUCCGAGUUUUAUAACGCCAAGUUUCUCCUUGAUCAUGAUGUCAUUCUCGUCACCAUGAACUUCAGACUAGGUCCAUUAGGGUUUUUGAGCACGGAAGACAUGGCGUCCCCUGGCAAUUACGGACUGAAGGAUCAGAACCAAGCAAUGCGCUGGAUUCAAGAAAAUAUCGCCGCCUUCGGUGGUGAUAGAAACAGGGUGACCAUCUUCGGCGAAAGUGCUGGCGGUGCUAGCGUAAAUUUCCAUAUGAUGAGCCCUCUCUCUAAAGGUUUGUUUCAUCGCGGUAUCUCUGAGAGCGGUACAGCCAUUUGUCCAUGGGUAUUGACAAGGCCAGGGCUCGCCAUCAGACAGACGCGGCGCCUCGGGCAGCUCAUGGAUUGCGACCAGGAUGAUACCGCCAAACUUAUCGAAUGCCUGCGUACAAAAGAUGCUGUCGAUAUCACAGCUACGGAUCGCGAUUUUCAGGAAUUCGGAUAUUGUCCGAUGAUCCCAUUUCGGCCAGUCGUCGAACCGCUUCAUCCCGGAGCAUUUCUGAUUGAAGACCCAGCAACGGCUUUGAAAUUUGGUCGGCAAGUUGACGUUCCUUGGAUGACUGGAAUCACGUCCCAUGAAGGGUCUCUCAAAGUGCCCGAAAUCUAUGGAAUAAAUAACGGAGAGCAGGCGAAGUUGCUCGAUAAAGAUUUUGAAAAAUGGGCCCCGACAACACUGAUGUACCAGCAUCAUUGCCCAAAAGAACAUCACUCGGAAGUUGCAAAAAGAAUAAGAGAAUUUUAUCUUGGCGAUCUACCAAUAGACAACUCGACCAGGUACAACAUCAUAGAUAUGUAUUCGGACGCGUGGUUCAACGUAGCUGCCGAUAAUGCAGUCAGAGAUUACCUCGACACUAUGGCUUCGCCAAUUUUCUACUACUAUUUCGCUUAUCGAGGCGAUGUGUCAUUUAGUAGUAUAUUCGGGGAUCCUGAUCAUGACUAUGGUGUCAGUCACGCUGAUGAACUCCAGUACUUGUUCCCAGUCGGUGAGCAGCUUUUCAAAGAUGUUACUUUAAGCGAGGAAAGUUUAAAGAUUGUCGACAUCAUCACUAGCCUGUGGGCUAAUUUCGCCAAGUCCGGAAAUCCAACACCUGAAGUAACACCAACUCUACCUGUCAAGUGGCUGCCAGUACGGACACAUAAUCUCGAGUAUUUGCACAUUGGAGGGUCCCAAGAGUUGUAUAUGGCCUACAACCUUCUACCAGAAAGAAUGCAGUUCUGGGCAACUUUGCCCCUGCAAGGACUAUCUUAUGUUGACGCAAACGAUGCACGUCCUUCGAAAGAUGAAUUGUAGGGUAAAAAUUUUCCUGUUAAGGCAAGUAAUCAGAAAGGUGCAUAGAAA